CAACGGCACCGUCAACGCUCACAGCAGCGACAAUGACAGGCCAUCGCUCUCUGGCAUCAAGAGCUCCAGCGAUGGACGAAAAUAAAGCAGCCAGACCAGCCACGGGCACGCCCUUCGCACACUUUCCGGAGAAAACGGUUCCUGCAAUGGAUAUCUUUGUGACGUACGAAAGGUCGUGGAGCAUUCAGGACGCAUUGGAACAGCAUUCUGCCUUAGCAGAGCAACGUGAAGUUCUGACCGAAAUUGGACGGAACCGUCUCCGGGUGCGUCAUACGCAGCUUUCUUUCGCUGAGCUUGAGGUCGAAGAGGCUUUGGAGGCCGCGAAGACGAUGAGUGGUUUCGAUGCUGGAGAUGCUCAGAGAGUCCUGCGGAUUGCAGGUCGGCUGAAGGCUGCUGUGCGAGAUCUGCGGACUGCAUCGAGGAUGAAGCAGUUGGAGCAGGGCAUGGUGAACAAGCACUUGGCCCAAGCCGAUGCAGAGAACGAGAAAACCCGUCUUGAAAUGUGCUCCAUCAAAGAGGUCAUCGACGACAAGUCUUUAGUUGUGGCUCUCGAUGACCCCCCACCACCAACCCCCGUUGAUGCCAAUGGGAAACCUUUGAAGCAAAGGUAUAGGUACUGCACAAACUGCAAGGUCGGGGGACACGGCCAGAGGUUUUGCGAGUACUUCCUCGAGAGACCUGAUUGGCGCAUCUAUCCCAAUCAGGAAUGGUUUAAGGAUGAAAAGGGCAAUGAAUAUCAUUGCCCUUUGGGGAAGAAGUUGGUGGAUUUUGCAGACGAGACUCACUUUAGCCGCAUUGCAAUGUAUUUGAAAGGGAGAGCUUGGCUUGAAGAGAAGACAAAGGUCUUAGACUUGGCUCCGGGAAAGAUGCCGGACACGUACAUUAUCGAAAAUGGGCAGUGGAGAGGCGCUGUUCCCCCUUCCGACGAUCAGGUCACUGAUCUUCCUUGGUUCGUCAAGGAAGCAGAUCGGAAUUGGGGUACUUCUAUCCAUGUGUGUGCCAAACCGUCAGCUUGCCUCAAUCUCGUCAAGCCUACGGGAGUCUAUGUGGUGCAACCACACAUCAAGGAUCCUCUUUUGCAUGAUGGACGGAAGUGCCACAUAAAGUUCUACGUCCUGCUGGUUGGCUUCGAAGAUGGAGUCCGCUGGAAUUUGUACACAUUUAAGGACGGAUACCUUUCUAUCUCUCCAAACCCGUGGUCACCGACAGACCUGUCAAAAGACACCCAGGUGACCAUCAUCCGGGCAGAACGGAUUGGUAGUUGGAAGGCAUGGCCAGAUGCUUAUCCCAAGUGCAAAGCCGUCGUGGUAGAGGUUAUUGAGCGAGCUAUCACGCAGGGAAAGUUGGAAGGGCGAUUGGGCAAGACUCAGUUUGAGAUCUUCUCGGCAGACUUCAUUGUAGACAACGGUGGAGGUGUAUGGCUUUUCGAGUUCAACAUGAGCCCUGUGUUGAAAGAUCCCAAGGAUGAGCCCAAGGUCAACGAUGCGGAUAUGGUCCGAGGAGCUCUGUCCAUCGUGGCCCCGUGGAGUGGCGGCAGCCCUGGGCUUUGGGACUUUGCUGGCGAAUUUCGUGGGCAACCACCGCCACCAAAGGCACCACCAGCAGAGAAGGAGAAACCCGCCAAAGCCCAAGUUUGGCAUGUCAUAUCAUGUCGAUGUUUGAUGCCAAACUUUUUUGUCUAGGACAGAGAGACGAUGUGAGAUCUGACAUCAUUAACAUCAUUGACAUGUUUUUGAAUCAUGUUUUUGAUUCCGUUGAGGGUCGCUCCAGGUUGAUUCCGUUGAUUCUGCCCCUGCAGCGUCGUGCCUUUGAUUGCAGAUUUCUUGCCUUUGAUUGCCGUGCAUGCCGUGCAUGCCGUGAUGUCGCAACGACAUGUUGAUGUUGGACUCGACUUGUCUAAGGAGUGGCAGUUCUUAGCCCUGAUUCAGGGCCAUUUACAGCAGCCAGGUACUUGUAGCCAGGUUUGAUCUGAUGUGUCUGAUGUUUUGCAAGGCAUUCUGGUUUUCUGACAAAAAAAAAGUCAAGGUCAAGGCAAGCAGGGAACAUCAGGGAUGCAGAUCGCUG